AUGGGAGUUAAAGGUUUAUGGAAGCUAUUAGAACCAACUGGUAAAGCUGUUUCUUGUCAAUCACUGACUGGUAAAGUGCUGGCCGUGGACGUAAGUUUAUGGCUUCACCAGUUGUUGAAAGGAAUGAGGGAUAAUAAGGGGCAGCCAAUCAGAAAUGCCCACCUCAUUGGUCUCUUCAAAAGAAUUUGUAAAUUAUUGUUCUUUGGUAUAAAACCUAUCUUUGUUUUCGAUGGGUCUGUUCCUAUUUUGAAGAAACAAACUAUUGCAUCCAGGCAAAAACGAAGAGUAGAAGCGAACUUAAGUUCAAAACAUUCGCUGAAAAAAAUGCUUAAUAAAAUGCUAGAGAAAUAUGCACUGGGUAAUAUCACAGGUCAAAAUGUAAACUUGGAAAUUACUAAAAAAGGAACCAUCUCGAAGAAGAGAUAUGAUAAGAAUGAUGAUGACAAUGACAUAUUCAAACUACCAACAACUGAAUAUCCACUGAUGAUGAUGACGACGGGUGAGGAUGACAGCAACGACAUCAUCAACAACAACAACAUCAACAACAACAACAACAACAUCAACGAUAAUACCAAUCAUGGCGAAGAUGAGGAUUGUAGAAAUAUCCAUUCUGAACGACUCAACUCGACAGUUGACUUCGAUUCGGAUGAUUUCAAAAGUUUACCGAUAGCAGUAAAAUUAGAGAUGCUGUUGGAGUACAAAGACAAAUGUAAGCAGACAUCUUGGGAGCAUAUCUCAUCAUUUCCUAAGAAAGCAGACGAUUUUUCCGACUACCAGCUCCGUCGUCUGAUGAACAUCAACAAAAUAACGAAGCACAUCGAGAGCGUUCGCCAGGAUUCGAACAGAGGAACGGCCACUGAAUUCGAUUGUGACGGUCAGCUGAUUUACGGCGUCAGCCACAUCGCCUCCAGAGACGACGUCCGUUUCGUCUACGCCAAACGUAAACACGAUCACGUGAUUUCCGCCGGCGGCAAGAGACAUCAAAUAGACCAAGACUCUCAUAAAAAUUCUCUUAAAAAGUGUAACUCGUUCUCCUAUAACAACAACGUUAGCAAUGUGACCAGGAAUUUCGUCCCAUAUGUCCUGGAGUCGAAUUCCAUCAAAGAUUGUUAUAGUUCGCAAAUUGAGAAUAAGAUGAAUGAAAAAUUUCUGCUACCUCUCAACAAUAUGAGGAGUUUAUCGUCCGUUAGGCCAUUUUCUUUCGGUGAUAUGGAGAGUAAAGUUAGGAAACGGAGAUUUAGUGGAGCAGAAGCACAAAAUGAUGAAGAUGAAGAAGAUGACGAUGCUGCUGAUGAUGACGAUAAAGAUUUUUCUACGUCGCAAUCCAAAGAUAUGAAAGCGGAAGUAGCAACAGCGGAAGCAGCCAGCAUAGAUAACGAUGACGAGAUGUGUAACAACGUUCGUGAGAUGAUAAAUGAUGUCUUUGAUAAGGCACACCCGGAUGAUGGCAGUGAUAAAAUAAACUUCUCAGCCAUUGAGGAAAAGUUGUCGGGUGAGCUGCUGAAGUUGCGAGAAGAUAGAGGCAAGCAAGAGAGGCUAGCCACCAAUAUUAAUGACCAGAUGAACUCAGAGGCACAGGAUCUUUUACGUUUGUUUGGCGUCCCUUUUGUCGUCAGUCCUGGAGAAGCGGAAGCGCAGUGUGCAUUCCUGGACCGAACCGGCCAAACCGACGGAACGAUAUCCGACGAUUGCGAUUCGUUUCUUUUUGGCGCCAGAUCCGUCGUGAAGAAUCUCUUCAGUGGCGAUGUGGCGGAGAUAUUUAGGAGUCGGGAUAUUGAGGAGAGAUUGAGUGCGUUUUUUGCGCUGUGUGUGUAUUUAUUUUGUCGACUGCGGAAAACAUUGUAUAAAUAUUCUUUAAAAUCUGAUAUACGAAGUUUAUUAAUGAUGGCGUUCAUCGGUCUAAAUAUAUUUCAAGUGUUGGACCAGUGUCAGCUAAUCUGCAUAGGCAUGCUGUGCGGUAGUGACUACACGGAGGGGGUCAGAGGGGUCGGCCCCAUCACCGCCAUGGAGGUAAUUCACGAGUUCAAAGGUCAGGGCUUGGAGUGCCUCGAAAAUUUUAAACAAUGGUGGGUUGAAGCAAUGAAACAGAAGAAAAGCCAGCAGGCCACCAAAGAGUCAAAAGUGAAAACCAAAUUAAGGCAGAUACAUUUAAAUGAAGGUUUUCCAAGUAGAGCUGUUUACGAAGCUUACACCAAUGCAGUUGUUGACGAAUCUAUGGAAGAAUUUGAAUGGGGAACUCCUCAGUUUGAGGAGUUGGAAAGAUACGCGCUCAUGACUUUAUCCUGGUCUAAACAGCAGACAGACGACCUAAUGAUACCGCUUAUUAAACAGUUACAAUCUAGCAAGUGUCCAAGCAAGCAAAAAGGUAUGACGGAUUUUUUUGAAAAAGUUCCUUACGGUGGUAGUAGUUGUGGCAGUGGUUCGAGGAAAAAGAUUAAAAGUAAAAGAUUGAGGCAAGUUUUAAACUUGAAAAUGACGUCAUCACGACAAAGUGGUACUACAUUUAAUGAAGGCCAAUCAAACUGUAAACGAACAGUCAAUAAAAAGACGAAAAAACAAACCCCAAAAAUCCUAAAUAAUUACAUUAAAGUGCAACAGGAAGUUAAUUUAUCGGAAGAGAGCGAUGAUGAUGAUAAUGAUGAUGAUGAUCGUCAACUCGGUCAUGAUGAUGAUGGUGAGGAGAUUUCAGAUUCGGUUCUGGCUUCGAUAGAUAUAGACCAUAUUGUUGGAUCUAAAACUGCAAAAUCCAACAAGAGAAUAAGCAAGAAGAAAUAGGACAUUUUUGGUUGAUUGGACACCACUAUCUCUCUUUCUCUCUCUCUCUCUCUCUCUCUCUCUCUCUCUCUCUCUCUCUCUUUUCUGUGUGUGGUGUGUGUGGGGUGUAAGUUUAUUAAUCAUUAUUGAAUAUCGUUCAGCAAAAUUUUAUUUUCAUAGAUUAUUUUAUGUAAUUAUAUUUUAAAUAUUGACCAUUUUGUUAAGUUUGUGUGUGGUGCGUGCUUAGACUCUCAGGAUUUGGACAAUUUCCAAAGUGACGUGAGUCGGGUUGUGUGUAGCUGGAUACUCUUUAAAAGUUGUAAAA